GCUCGGCUGGUUGCCGUCGCACUUUUCACAACACACAUUUGCACCAGGUUUGCACUUCCCGAACGCACUCGGCGAUCAUAUGGUCGAAUGUGACAACAGAUGCGCGCUGCUGUAGUCGUGAGGUUCACGCAGUAGCGAGUUCCGCCGGCAUUUAUCUGGUGAUUAGUUCGCGGAAGUCGUAGUCGGUCGCCCGAAAAGCUCACGCUUCAUAUCCGCAAAUGCGCGCUAGCUGCAGCGUGACUUCUUCUGCCAGUUCACUCCGUACUCCCCGCCCGUGACGAGAGACAGACGGGCCGCGCGCUGCUUGAACCAUGUGUGACAAACUCAAAGUCAAUCAAGCCUGCGUCACCGUUCAGUCUGCUUACUUGUACCCUCUAGAUCUCUACGCGCAGACGUCGGAAUGCUACGGGUGCACGCUCCAGCUAGUCCGCCGUGCACACCAUCAGAGUCGCCACAAUUUCAGCGUGGUCUUGGGCAGCAUCUAUGAGACGGAGAUGCAACUGCGGAGGCACUUUGAUGACAACCCCUUGCCCAACUGCACUUACCGUAGGCACCUUGGCGAGCAUGGCUCAUAUCUGCUGCAUGUCUCAUCCGAGGGCCACUGUGACUGGCAGGUAGCCGAGGAGCCUGUCAACAUCUAUAAUCCACUCAUUGUAAUGGCGGCAGUGCUGCUGUUCCUGAUAUUACUCUGGCAAGCAGUGGCCUGCUUCAAGAGGCUGUGCUCUGCUGUUGUUCCACUCGGCACUGUCCCCUCGGACUCUCAGCAAGGCAUACUGGGGACUGCUGUGACAGUUGAAGAUGGCCAGGCUGUAACCACUGCACCCCCUAAAAAGCGGCUGCGCUCUCUUGAUGCUUUUAGAGGGCUCUCACUGGUGCUGAUGGUGUUCGUCAACACUGGUGGCGGCAAGUACUGGUUCUUCGAACACAGUCCAUGGAAUGGGAUCACCCUUGCCGACCUGGUCUUCCCAUGGUUUGUGUGGAUCAUGGGUGUCUCACUGGCCAUGACCAUACGGUCGCUCCUUCGCAAGUCCAUCACCAGAGGUCGCAUAUUCCUGCAAAUUGUGAAGCGCACGCUCAUCCUAUUUGGGCUCGGCAUAGUGACCAACACUCUUUCUGGUGACGUUGACCUAAAAAUGCUGCGUAUUCCUGGUGUACUGCAACGCCUGGCCUUUUCCUAUUUGGUGGCUGCUACGGUGCACCUUCUGUUUGCCAAGCCUCAUGGAGGACACCUGGUGUGGGCCCCUGUGCGGGAUGUGCUAGCCUACUGGCCCGAGUGGCUGUUGGCGAUUCCCCUCCUGGCACUUCACUUGGCCCUGACCUUCCUUUUGCCCGUGCCCAACUGCCCGCAGGGCUACCUUGGUCCAGGAGGUUUGCACCUGAACAGCAGUUUUGAAAACUGCACAGGUGGGGCAGCUGGAUUUAUCGAUCGAACAAUCUUUGGCAAGCAGCACAUCUACCAGACACCAGAUAUGCGGCAUGUAUAUCACACACACCUGCCAUAUGACCCUGAAGGUACACUAGGAUGCCUCACAUCCAUAUUUCUCGUCUUCUUGGGCCUUCAGGCUGGCAAAAUUCUGCUCACGUUCACAGAGUGGAAACCUCGAGUUGUUCGUUGGUGUUGCUGGGGCCUCUUUUGCGGCAUUGUUGCUGGUGUCCUGUGCAAGUUCUCAAAGGAAGAUGGCUGGAUUCCUGUGAACAAGAGCCUGUGGUCAGUGUCCUUCAUUCUGUCCACGGCAAGCACAGCCUUCUUUCUUCAGGCUAUCCUGUACUACCUGAUUGACGUCUGUGGAUGGUGGUCGGGGGCACCACUUGUCUACCCAGGCAUGAACUCCUUGGCCGUGUAUAUGGGGCACGAGAUCAUGCAUGGCGUAUUCCCAUGGGCAUGGCAGUGCCCGGAGUCACACUGGUGCUACCUCUUUAUGAACCUCUGGGGCACUGCACUCUGGGUGGUCUUUGCAUGGCUGAUGUUCCGCAGAAAGCUGUUCAUCUCCGCCUGAAGGAAUCUCCUCCUCCGUGGUUGCUGCACAGCACGGACUCUAUCACCCUGAAGUUUCCGUGUCUGUCAUUGUGAAUGUGUUGGUGUGCAAAUAUUUUGUGUAGUGUAUCACGCCACAAAUAUUUACAUGUGGGCACUUCCAAAUGGCUACAUUGCGGCAUAUUGCCAGAGGUGGGUAUCCAGGGCAUUCGUAACCUAAGGCGCAUGAAGUAUCUAUACAUGUACAAAAAUAUACUAGGAUGGUUGUACUUGGAUAACAGUUGCAUUGUGACCUUGAAUUUGCAUGCUACCUAAAGCUUAUUUACAGAGAAUGUGCUCACACUGCACAUUCUUGCUGUUUUCAGAAAAGUACAAAGAAAGAGAAAGAAUUAUGGUGUAUAUCUGGCAGGUGUGCUAGCGCAGUUUGUGGUACAGGUCACGCCUCUUCUCAGUCGUACAGGACACUCCUCUGUAAAAUUUUUGACCUGGUUCAUGCUCCAUUGGUUACUUCAUACUGGUAUGAAAGCAGUUCCACAUGUGGAAUGUUCUGGACCACAGGAAUGUGUUUUGACAUGCAAAACAAUUAAGAGAGAAUGCACUUGAAAAAACAUGGAGGGUGAUGUCAACCAAAAUUGCCAUAUGGUAAAGCUAAAAGCUAGACAAAAUCCUGUGUUCAGUUCAGUAGAUGAAUGCCACUGUCAAUGCUGGAAUGCAAAUUUCACCCAUUUGCACAAAGGUCCUUGGCUCCAAUAUGGUAUAAAAAUUUUGUACAUUGUGAAGUGUACACCUUAAAGGAGAAUUGACGCGGGCUUUUCGUCCCACUUUAGCUCUAAUAGACAGCCAUCAACCCAGUGUUCUUGGCCCGAAUCCUGAAUUCAUCUGUUGUGCUAAACAUACUUCGAAUUUAUCCAUUGUGCUAAACAUACUUAUGUCAUCCUAAAUCAACCAGUUCAAUAAAUGCACCACGUGCAGCAUGACUUCGGGCCACAAGUGACAUCAAGGCAGUAGGCGGUGGUGAGCACAUGGUAGCAUGAACCGCUAACACACUUACAAGUUGGUGUUGUAUAGUGGUCUUGUACCACGCUGCCAACCACCACGCAGCCAAUUCCUGUACCAUCAAAUGUUUUCCUUUGUGCCCCAGUUGAUGUUGCCUCGGAUUCCACCCUGGUAUAGAGGGUUCACCGGAAUUGCUUUUCCAGGACUUAGCCUGUCCCCCAUACCUUUUUUCCCUUCUCAGUUGGUCCCCUUAUCUCACGUUGAAUGCACAUUCAGUUUCCGUUGGUAUGGUCAAGGUGUUGCCUAAGUUAAAGAGACUGGGUUGACUGACACACACGAAUUGUAAUACCAAGUUAUCACUACCUUUGAAUGCCAUUGUGUCACCACUAGCCUGAUGCUUUGCUGCACCCUGUGGGCAUUUUGAACUUGUCACUGUAAAGGACAAUACUUUUUUUGAGUGCUAGAUUUGAGGCUUGAUCCUGUUGUCACUGGGUCAACAGCUAGCUAUUAUAGAAAGAAGAAAAGGUGACAAAAUGUUUAGUGCCAGUAUUCCUGCAAAGGUCCACUUUUUAAAACCAUUACCCUGGAAUGUUGAAGUCAGUAUUCCAGAAAGAGUGUAACAAAAUGUAGUCCUUAUGACUUACGUCCUGAUGAGUUGCUCAUGAGUUAGGCUUGUCUGAUGUAAGCUGUGUAUUUUUGAGCUUCGUCUUCCUGCUGUUCUACCAGUGUUCUAGUACUUGCCCUGGCUCAGGUUCAUAUCCUUGUGUGCAUGUAAAAUCUUUAUUAUAAGUUCCAAAUCUGCUCUGUGAGUCACAAGAUACGUUACCAAGCCCUGUUGAUGUGCUCCUGUAGCAUGUUCAGCACUCGGAGGCUUAGGAGAGCCAGAAUCUACACAUUCACUGGCUUUGAAACUUUUGACAGCAGCUGUACAAAGAUGUGCUGGCUGAACGGCAUGCAUUGAGUUACAGUCUUGUUCAGAGGUACUGCCAAGAUCAGUGUGAGCUGCAAGUUAAAAGUCACAGCCAGGGCACACCCCAGGACAAGCACAUUGAAUACUUGAGAGCAGUGUGGAAAAAUGUGCGCCUCAUCUAGCCCCACAGUUGAUGACUCUGACAUAACUGUCUUCGUCAUUUUGAGAAUUGUGCAAUUUAUGUAGUACUCAAGUCACAUGUACAGUUUUUAUUGGACAGUAAAUUUCCCAUCCUUGAAUAGAAGGGAAACAAGGUGUGCUCCCGAAUACCUUCUGUUGCUUUAUUGUGUCUUCAGAGGCAGAAGCGCCAGUACAUAUGGGUGGCAUUGCUUGGUUCAUUAUGGCAGGCCACUGCUCUCAAUUCAUAGCUUUUCAAUAAUGCAUAUAGCUUCAGCUGACUGCCAUAGUACCUUUGUAGAAAGAAGGAAGUGGUGGAAAAUGCUGAGGGAGUGUGAUGCUUCUUUGGGACUUAAGAUCCCUUGUGAGAGAGUACAGUUGGGUGUAUUGGUAAUCCAUACUUUCAGUAGGCUAGUGUACAUUGGAAAAAAGAUGCAGACUGAUGAAGUGACAGGGACAAAGUGCUAAAUCUGUGCUUUCGUCCCUGUUGUAUUUGUUCGUCUUCAUUGUUUUGAAUGUGCGCUGGUCAGCUGAAAGACCCCUUGUGACAUUUCUCUCAGAUGUGUCAUACGUUUUCGCACUACCUUAUGACAUGUUGCAACUACUAUGGAUUAUGACAGUAAUUGUGUGGAGGUGCUGAUCACCAGGGCCACAGACUUGGAACUUACAGGUACAGGUAACUCCUCUGUUAGCCUCUUAUUGUAGGUUUUUUUUUUGCUUUAUCCAACCAGUCAAUAUGGAAUGCUGGUAAAUGGGGCUACACUUCGUAAUAUGCAAAGCAUCAGAAGGCAAGUGCAAAAUAAGUGUAGGAUCUUGAGCUUUUUUAUUUCACUCUUUGCUUGUUUCUUUGGUAUCUAACAGUGCAUUGGCCCAUUAACAAGGUUAGUGUUUAGUGAACAGUAGCAAUUACUAGUUAUCUAUGCUGAAUGACUGUUGUAUAUAAGCAGCUAGGAAGAAUGGUAUCUCUCACAGCAAGGUCUUCUGCCUUACUUACAGAUGCAAGGAACACUCGGCAAGCAUUUUGUACAGCAAGCUCGACUGUUUUACUACAUGGAAGUAAAAACGCUCACCAGGCACCACAGGUUUUGCAUGUCAUCAAAGAUGCAAAUCGCCAUAAUGGUGGUGUGCAAGAGUAUGCUGUGAAGCAGCAGUGUGACUUGUGCCACCCAGCAGUUGGUGACUCGAAAAUGACACCACGACCCUCAAACAUAUUUUGAACUCCAUUCUCACCAUAAAUAGAAUAGCUAGUUGCAUUGUUUGAAUGUAUAGUGUUAUUUAGGAAGGCAGUACACUGUCAGUAGCAAGCAAAAACUGCAAUGGUCUCAUAGGUGGUGCACAUUGGUGUGUAUCUGUUGCGCUGUGGCAUGCUCUUGAGGUUUGGGAUCGGUGCUGCAUUUUCCGUUUUAGUUGGCUCUGCAUAUAUACAAGAGAAAGAGGCCUUUGUUUUGCCUCAAUGUGCGGCCAAGUUCUAUCAAAUAGGCUUGUGCUUUGUGUCACAAUUCCAGGCUGUCUCUGGUCAUUUCAGGAUUGCAGUCAUAGUGCACUCUUAUAAUAACUGAAUGACUUGUUUGCUUAGUGUAUUUUUCAUGUUUCUGGUGCCAAAUACCACUCAUCUGGUCAUGUAAAACCUGCAAGUAGUAGUUUGUGUUGUAAUGGCAGUCUUAUCAACUCUGCUAUAGGCCGUUUUACUUAAAGGUGAUGUUAAUUUUUUGUUAGCCACAUUAAAAGUCUUAUUCCUCCUUUCAUUAUGUAGAGCCCACACACACAGCAGCAGGCAUAAAAUUUUUCGUUCUCUAUUUUUUCCUUCUUUUCUUUCAUUGCAUAGAAUAAUAGACAUUUGAAUUUGACUGCUGAGACUUUCCAUGUGGUUCUCUUAAUUAAAUGCAUGGGAAUGCUGCAGUCUGUUUUUAUGUUGGCUGCUCCAUCAGUUGGGCUGUAGCUAGGUACACCAAAUAGUCUAACUGUAAUUUGCUGCAUGAAAGUUUUUGUAUCUGUGCAGAAGAGAGGAAAAGAGUAAAAAGUAAGACGUAACUUUUAGAAUGGUUCAAGGCAAGCAGAUUAAGUACUUGAGCUUUCUUAAACUUGCACUAAGCCAUGUGUGCUCGGAAGACUUAGUGAACUCUCAUGAAAGGUUUAAAUGCUGCACAUGUGAUGCAGUUUAGGGUGUCGCUUCGGUAUUCUGAAUACACCCUAGCCUAUCUCCGUUUGCAGCACUGGGACUGUAAAGUUGGAAUUUCAAAAAUGUUAGAGUGUACAAUAUGUGGCAGUUGAGAUAUUUUAUGGCCUGCUCGAACACCCAAAAGCUCUCACCUGGUAUAGUUAAGCUGCUGUUUACUCUUUAAGUCUCGUGCUGAAUAGUGUAUUGUGCAUUGUGCAGAACUGUUGAGCUCAAGAUAAUGGGGAAUACUUGCUCUUGGAAGAGAAAAAGUAACUGGUUAAAACUUGUGUGGUGCUUUUGCUGAUACUUCGAGCAGAGCUUCCCGUAGAAUAAGAGAGUCCAUGAGAGAGACCAGACCUUGCUGUAUUUUUUCACUGCAGCUAUUUUUUUUACUUUCUUAUGUUCGUUUGUUUCUGUCUUCCUGUGUGUUGACUGACUAGAUCAUGAAAGGGUGCUACAGUGUUGCUGGACAAAUUGAGCUUUUUAUUUUAUUUUGACAUUGCUCUGGUGUAAACCUUAAGUUUGCUGCUGCUUGAAAUGUUCUAUGCACAGUUUUUUUUAUACUGCAGAGACUAAAUGUACUUAGCACCAUAUACCGAGCUUGUGUCUGUAUCUUUUGCAAUAGCUGCUAUUUUUAUGCCUAACACUGCCAUAUGUGGGUGUGCUAUGUCUUUCAACUGCAGUUUCACUUGAGCGUACAACAUUUUACUGCCAGAUUGUUGUUUUUACCAAGAAAGCAUUCUGUCGGUAGUUAAAACAGGUGUCAAUCUUGUUGAGUAGUGCCAUGGUAGGCAGUAGUGCUUGCCUUGAAAUCUUUUUGUUUAUGCUGUUGAUGCCAGAGACUGCAAGAACUUUAUUCCACCACAAUUUCAGAAUGUUGGCAGCAGAUUCGAGUGCUCUUUAUUGUAUACUGCUGUGUGAUUAACGCGUAAAAUACUGUUAUCUAAAGCCUGCCAGGUUUUAUUCCCAUUCAAGACAUUUCUCAUUGCCCAAAGUGUGAAACGAAUAUUCUUAUUGCAAUUGUUGUCACAUUACCUAUAGCACUGCAACUGCCUUGUGGCUAUUACGUUCAUGGGAAGUUGUGACUGUAAGUCUAAUGCUUUUUCACCUGUUUCAUCUCCUGUGUGUCCCAAUCCUAAUCUUGGCUACAGUGUUAAGAAGUAUCGUGUGCGUCAGUUCACAAAAUUUUUGCAUGUGUGUCUCUUGUCAGUCUGCAUUAUGGGCUGUGACUUGCUGCUUUCCAAAUUCUUUUGAAAUUUGAUUUGUUUGGCUUUUUCUUACAACCGUAUGUUGCACCAUGGAGCUCAGUUGUGUGUCAGCUGAUACAGAUGUUUAAAGUUUAUGAAGAAUUUAUAUAUAUAUACUGAAAAGCAUAUGGAAUCGAAAGAUAUAUUUAGCUAUUUCAGUAUGACUUAGGCUUCUCCUGUUAUAGCCUGUUCUUCUGAAUAAACUGAAUUUUGCAAUAUAUGUUCUGUAUUAUGAUUAUUCUUGUUCACUCAAUAGGGAAGUUUUGUUUCUCGUUUCGCGUCUUUGUCAUAAUAAACGUU